CAGCCCACCUACUGUGUGCUGUCCAUGAACAGGCAUGACUCCUGGUGCCGAGCGCCAAGCUAUGCCCACCACUAUGCUAAAUGCCUCCUGUGGACCGUCUCAGGGUCCUCCCAGGAACGGAUGGGAGCAGGUACCAUUUCACCGAAGAGGAAACAGCCUUAUUUUUCCAGGCACUGCCCUUCCAGUGAGGAGCGUGAAGUAGGACAGAGGAGCUGUCAUAAAUUCUUAAAUUCUUAAAGCCAUGUCCAAGGAUUUGGUGACAUUUGGGGAUGUGGCUGUAGAUUUCUCUCAAGAGGAGUGGAAAUGGCUGAACCCUUCUCAGAGGAAUUUGUACAGAAAGGUGAUGUUGGAGAACUAUAGGAGCCUGGUAUCACUGGCAGGAGUUUCAGUUUCUAAGCCAGAUGUGAUCUCAUUAUUGGAACAAGGAAAAGAACCCUGGAUGGUGAAGAAGGAGGGGACAAGAGGCACAUGCCCUGAUUGGGAGUAUACAUUUGAAAACAAUGAGUUUUCAUCAAAGCAAGUUAUUUAUGAAGAAACGUCCAAACUAGUGAAAAUGGGAAGAAGCCAUCUUAGUUACAGCCUUGACUGCCGCAGUUUGAGAGAAGACUAUAAAAGUGAGAACUGGCUUAAGAACCAGUCAGGAAGUCAGGAAGUACAUUCCAGAGAAUUGAUCAUCACUCAUAAAGAAAUCCUUACUGAAGAUCCAAGUAAUGAAUAUACUAAAUCUUGGCAAACUUUCCAUCAGGAUGCAAUAUUUGAUAUACAAAAGACUUUUCCCACCAAAGAAAGAGUACAUAAGCAUGAACCACAAAAGAGAAGUUACCGGAAAAAAUCUGUUGAAAUGAAACAUAAAGUCUAUAUACAGAAGAAACUUUUGAAAUGUAAUGAAUGUGAGAAAGUUUUCAACCAGAGCUCAUCCCUUACUCUUCAUCAGAGAAUUCAUACUGGAGAGAAACCCUAUGCAUGUGUUGAAUGUGGGAAAACCUUCAGCCAAAGUGCAAACCUCGCUCAACAUAAGAGAAUACAUACUGGUGAGAAACCCUAUGAAUGUAAAGAAUGUAGGAAAGCCUUCAGCCAGAAUGCACACCUUGCUCAACAUCAGAGAGUUCAUACUGGAGAGAGACCUUAUCAGUGUAAAGACUGUAAAAAAGCCUUCAGUCAGAUUGCACACCUGGCUCAACAUCAGAGAGUUCAUACUGGAGAGAGACCUUUUGAAUGUAUUGAAUGUGGAAAAGCCUUCAGUAACGGUUCAUUUCUUGCUCAGCAUCAGAGAAUUCAUACAGGAGAGAAACCCUAUGUAUGUAAUGUGUGUGGGAAAGCCUUUAGCCAUCGUGGAUACCUAAUUGUACAUCAGAGAAUUCAUACUGGAGAGAGACCGUAUGAAUGUAAGGAAUGUAGGAAAGCUUUCAGCCAAUAUGCACACCUUGCUCAACAUCAGAGAGUUCAUACUGGAGAAAAACCUUAUGAAUGCAAAGUAUGCAGGAAAGCCUUCAGCCAGAUUGCAUACCUUGAUCAACAUCAGAGGGUUCACACUGGAGAGAAACCCUAUGAGUGUGUUGAAUGUGGGAAGGCCUUUAGCAAUAGUUCGUCACUUGCACAACAUCAGAGAAGUCAUACUGGAGAAAAACCUUAUAUGUGCAAGGAAUGUAGGAAAACAUUUAGCCAGAAUGCAGGCCUUGCUCAACAUAAGCGAAUUCAUACUGGAGAGAAACCUUAUGAAUGUAACAUUUGUGGGAAGGCCUUUAGCUAUAGUGGAUCUCUUACUCUACAUCAAAGAAUUCAUACAGGAGAGAGACCCUAUGAAUGUAAGGAUUGCAGAAAAUCUUUCAGGCAGCGUGCCCAUCUUGCCCAGCAUGAGAGAAUUCAUACUAUGGAGUCAUUCUUGACUCCUUCCACUCCCUCACCCUCCAUGUCCAAUCAGUUGCCAAGACCUGUUGGUUUUAUCUCCUAAAUAUGCCUUGAAUCUGACUCCUUUAAUCCAUUUCCAUUCCAUCAUCUUUGUCCAUUACACAGUAAUCUACUUCAUAUGCACUAUGGAAAUAGCUUCUGAUGGGUCUCCCUGUAUUUACCAUUUCCUUUGUCAGUUGCCUCCACUGUGGUCAAACUUGUAUUUUAAAGGUUCGUAUCACUUCCUCAUUGAUACCCUUCACUGGUACCCCAUAGUUCUUAGGUAAAAGCACACAUUCCUCAGAACAGCCUAAAAGACCCUCCUGCCCCAAAUACCUUGUCUCAGUAUACCUUCCAAAGAACCAAUUUCAUGUCAAAAUCCAUCUCCUUCUUUGGCUAUUUAUCCAGAAUUAAGAACUCAUAUUCCAGCAUCAAACCAAUCUGGGUUCUGAUCCCUGCUCUUCCAUUUUCUAAACCUCUAGUUUCAGAGAAACAUUUUGUUCUUUGUAAGGUUCAGUCUUCUUAUUUAUAUUAUGGAAAUAAUAGUACUACCUCAAAAGCUGACGGGAGGAUUAAAUGAGAGAAUGCAUGUAAA